CACCAACGUCGAGUUGCAGCACUGCGUAAUUCAAUCCAAUUGUUCCCUGUUUGUGCGGCCAUGCGGUAGCCUUACAAACAUCUACCCUUCCUCACAAUGAUCACCCGACCUCUGACGCGGCCCCAGUCGCUUCUUCGCUUUGCCGUCAACCACACUUCUUGCGCCUCUCGGUCCCAGUCACAGCGAUGGGCUCACUCGGUACCUGAAGACUGGAAUCAAAGAAAAAUCCCAACUUUCCAGAACCUCAAGAAACCCCAAGUCUUUGCCAAAUAUGGCGUACCGGGCUUCCUCUCCAAGGAAACCUUUGAACAGACCUAUGAACAAUAUAUCAAAUACCUCGCAGACCAACUGAAUGAAUUCACAGCCGGCACCGCCGAUGAGUUUACAUCAGCCGCCGACCUUCACGACCAAUGCUCCCACCUCCCCGCGCGAGCCGCCCUGUACAACCAUGCCGCCAUGGCACUCCACACACAAUUCUUUUUCGAGUCAUUAUCACACAUUCCCACCAGCAUGCAGCCACGGGAGCCGGGCAUCCUGAUGCAGAACAACCUGAAGGAAGAUAACAUCAGCCUGGAACAACUGCGUACUGAAUUUCUCGAGACGGCCGAGGCCAUGUUCGGUAACGGCUUUGUAUGGCUGAUGAAGCCCAAGAGUCUUGGUGGACUGACUAUCCUGGCCACAUACAAUGCCGGCUCCCCUUGGUCUCGUGGAUCGCCCCGCCGCGACAACCGUGACAUGGCCAACCACGAUUUCCGCCAGAUUACCCGCGACAUCCAAGAGGGCAACCAAAACGCCGGAGCUUAUGGCAACCAUAGCCAUAACCGCGCUCUGCACUACGAGGGCACACUACAAGACGCUGAACCAAUCCUGUGCGUGAACAUGUGGCAGCACCAGUGGCUACCAGACUACGGCAUGUUUGGGCGCAAGGCAUAUCUCAAGGCCUGGUGGGACACGAUUGAUUGGCAAGUGGUCGAGAACAAGAUCAGCCUGUUCGAAAUCAACGAAGGCUCACGUUCGAGAUCCAACAACAUCACCAGUGUACUGGAAACUGCCAGUCGGAGACAGCACUCGCUUAGGUAGUCAUGUCUUGCCCAAGAGCCACAUGGCGGCUGCCAAACACGUCCCGGCGUGUCUGAAGAUGUAUACUUUACUUUACUGUACUGUGAUUGAGCAUAAAGGAAUGCAGCCAUGGGGAUGGAUUAAGGAGAUCCAAGCCAACGCAACUCGUCGAUGUAAUUACAUAGUCUCGCGCAUGUAGGUGCACGCGGAACUCAAGGCCAUGUCAUUUGUACAUCAUAAAAUUACCAUUGAUAUCCA